UCGCUGCCUCUACCUGGCUUCUCGCGAGACCCGCCCCUCGGCGCCCCCAUUGGCCGUCGCUGGCGACUUCCGGUUCCGCCCGGAAGCCCGGCCGGGCCGUGGGUCAGCUUCUGCCGGGAGUGGGGCCCCGGGCCCAGGGCGUUGCCAUCUACGAGGUUUUAAAAGCGGAAUUGUUCCUGUCACUCCGAGGUCGCCGACCUCCGCCUACGAAAGCGUAGACAGACCCCCAUAUGGCGGCUUCGGGCUCUGCCGGUCUUCCAGGAUGAUUUGCAAAGCUGGCGCCUGCCUGCGGGCUCUUUCCUGCCCCGGCACGGGGUUCCCGUGCAGGUGCAGCGCUGACGAUUGGGGCCGCCUCUGCACGCACCUGCAGUAGUGACCACUGGCAUAUGGUGGAGGGGAAGAGCGUCCUCCAGAAACGGCCCCGGCAUGGCUUGAGAUAUUGGGACCCACAGCUGGAUGAUGGCCGUUCGUGUGAGACCGUUGCCUCUUCCUUCCUCCCUCUUUGAGGCCAGCCAAGAGAAGGAUGGAGCCAUUACCUGGGGAGUGGGCUUUCCGGGACCACCUGGAGGCUGCAGGCCACGUGUGUAUUCUGAAAGAUGCCUCCGACUUGGAAAGCUCGUCCGAAAUCGCCAAGCUCAUCGAGGCCGAGAGGCUGGAGGCAGCACUGGCCCUUCAUCUGUACAGAGGAGGCAGACUUCUGCAAGGUCACGGGAUUCCCUUUGGAAUCAUCUUCGGUGGAACCGAUUUAAAUGAAGAUGUUAACCAUGGAGAGAAGAAGGAAGUGAUGGGGAAAGUCCUGGAAGAAGCCAGAUUUGCCGUCGCCUUCACAGAGUCAAUGAAGGAAAUGGCACAAACACAGUGGCCGCAUGCUAGGGGAAAGAUCUAUGUCCAGAGUCAAGGAAUUGUGACAGGACCAAACUCUGCCUUUAACUGGAACACCUUUCUUCGCCAGUCAGGGAUUAACCAAAGUGCUGAUAAUUUACACAUCUUCCUCCUGGUGUGUGGGCUGAGACAAGUGAAGGACCCUCUCUAUCUGGUGGACGUGUUCUCAGAAUGGCAUCGAGAAGAGCCUAAUGUUUACAUGGUGAUCGUGGGUCCUGAAGUGGACCCAGUGUUUACAAGGGAAGUGGGAGCCAGAGUAAAGAGGGCUGCGGGCGUGCGGCUGAUCCGAGAGAUGCCCCAGGGGGACCUACACGCAGCACUCAAGAACUGCUUCGCGGUGGUGAACAGCUCAGUCUCCGAGGGCAUGUCUGCGGCCAUCCUGGAGGCGAUGGAUCUGGAAGUUCCCGUGCUGGCCAGGAACAUCCCCGGGAACGCGGCAGUGGUGAAGCAUGAAGUCACAGGGCUGUUGUUCUCAGACCCUCAGGAGUUUGUGCAGCUGGCAAAGAGACUGGUCAGCGACCCCGCACUAGAGAGAGAAAUCGUGGCCAACGGCAGGGAGUACGUGAGAGCGCGUCACUCGUGGCAGGCGGAGAGAUGCACCUAUCAGAACCUCAUCAGGACCCUCGAGGGAAGCAUCCAGGACUAAGGGCGCUCGCCUGGUGCCCUCACGCGCCCACCUGUGGCCGCCGCCAGAUGCGCAGCCCCGGGCAGAUACCCAGAGACAGAGCUCUGGGCCACCGGGUCCAUCCCGGGACAAGUCACACCGGUUUUAUCGGAAUCCUAGAUAAACAACAUCAGUUAUAAGGCAGAACCGCAUCCGGAUGUCUGUGCUUCCAGAUAACAUCCCGGAUGUGUUUACAGAUCGGUGCUGAUGGAGACGCGGCAGCUCCUGGGCUCAUGGGGGUGGGGGGUGGGGGAUGGAGGAGACCACGUUAGCUGCCGUGGGACCCCAGGUACCACAGGGCCUCAUUUGCAAACCACCCAGUACAGACGCUUCCCUGUGGGUCUUCUGAUGACUUAGGACCCGUCGUUGUUCAAAAAAGCAAAAGCAAAAUCGCACGUCCGCACAGAGGGGUCCUGGCAGGUACGUGCACGGGGCCCCCGGCUCGGGGAGGUUUGCUCCUUGGGACACCAGACACAGGGCCGUGGGUGAGUCUCCCGGCAGCACGGCUCGCUCAGCAGUUCCACAGCUGAGAGGCAGGGCAUGUGCCCUGGGAAAGCGGGCAGUCCACACUGCAGGCUGCCCCUGGGAAAGCGGGCAGUCCACACUGCAGGCUCCCCCUGGGAAAGCGGGCAGUCCACACUGCAGGCUCCUCCUGAGAAAGCGGGAGCAAGGGGACGGGGUACACGGUGCUCACAGCCUGGAAGACACUCCAGCAACCCCCAGAUGGAGCCUGGGUCGUCGCGGUCAGCGUCAGGGACCCAGGGGUGGGGGCCCAGCGGGUCACAAGCUUCCAGCCCGUGGCAGGACCGGCCGUCUGGUGACGUUACCCAACACCCCACCUUGGAGACCCAGUAUGGCGAGUUUAGCCAAGUGGAGCCGUCACUGGUGUGAUGUCCCUGCCGCAGCAGCACGGUGUCCCCAGAACCGGUGCCUACUCGCCUUUGGAGGCCACACCGGCCCCUGGUGGGUCUUGAGUCACUGCGUUCCCGGGGACGUGCCGUGGCAGCAAAGGGAGUGGAGAGUUCCACCGCGUGGUGGGAGGUAGAAAGCAGUGGGGACUUGAGCCUCGGGAGCCCACGGCACGUGGUGCUUCGUUGGUCGGUCUAGACGCCGGCAGACCUGGGGGCAAGCAGUCACCUCGACUGGGGCUCCAUCCAGGACGCAAGGACACGUUCAGGUUCUGGACGCUCCCUGUCCACCUUGCUCAGAGCCGAGCCAGGAAGGCAGCCGCUCCUCACGGCUGGGGUUUGCACUCGUGACCCUGCCGGGGCCGAGGUUCCUUGGGGGCACAGCAAGGAGGGGACUCGAGGGAGAAGCCGAGCCCGAGGCGGCUCCCUCUGAAUCUGGAACUGGCAGUGCCCCUUAGAGAGAGCCGCGUGACGGCUCAGGGGCCACCCAGCGGUGCUGCUGGUUAGAAAACUCUGCUUGUUUGGAAGCUUGGACCCAUUCCCUGUUGGAAUGCUGCAGUAGAUGCUUGAUCACGCCGUACCUGAACGCCAUCGGUUUGCGUCCCUAGAUAAACAUGCUCCCAAGCUGGACGCACUUUGGGGACGGGCGUGUUUCUGAACGAAUAAAGUGCGCCACCAUCAGCCCAGGGA